AUGGUCAAACUAUUCCCCGUCGUCGGUACCCUACUUUCCAUUGUUUCACUUGUCUUACUUGCAGUUGGGGCAGCGACAAAUAAGUGGGUGGUCAUGGACAAGACAAAUACCGAGUUAAAUCCAACGACUGUGAAUUCGAAACUUGGCAUUCAAGACAAGCAAGUAGGAGUUACAUCUUCAACUUCAGAUAUUACGUACAGCGUGUCUCAUUACGGACUUUGGAUUGGAUGCCACGUAGAACAUAAGGGGGCUGUUUCUUGCUCCUACAUUGGCUCCCGUUGCUUCUCGAAUGUGUGCUGGAUCCGGAAGACAUCUCGGUCAAGAACGAAGACAUGCCUUGACACUAGGGUAAGCAGCGUUCCGAACUGCACUGCGUAUCAGGUUAUUCGGGCGUUCGUGACACUCGGAGCUCUGGCAAUGAUUUGUGGAGUUGCGACACAACUAGUUAGUUUGUUGACGGUGAAUCGGUCGUUGGCGAUGCUUGCUGGGUUGAUCAUCUUCCUGGCUGGUUUGUUUGUAAUGGUGGCAUUUGCGAUCUUUUACAGCGAAGAGGUUGCCAAAUCGGGACUACGUGGUGUUGGACACAUAGGGUACAGCCUUAAACUGAUAACGGCAGCAUGGCCCUUGAUGUUGCUGUGCGGAUUGCUAUCUUGCUUUGCAGCAAGUAUGGGCUUACGGCACAAAGAGAUAUCUGAUUAUAGUGCAAGCAAUUAUUGA